AUGGCUCACCUAUUUUCCUGGUUGAACCGUCGUGGGCGGCGCACGGAGACCAGCGGCGCCGUAGCCCCGCUAACGACGAGAGGUCUCACGAAUGGUACCACCCAGGAACGGUCACCUGCGGGCAGAGGUGGUGUUCGGGGCGCCGUCACCGGCGACGACGUUCGCCAGACCAUCAUCCAGAUGCGUGAGCGCAUCAACUUGUUGAAUAUGCGCGAACAGUUGCUCCGGGGACGAGUAGAGGAAGCACAGGAGGCUGCGCGACAGGAAGUUCGACGGAAUAACCGCGAUGGAGCAGUGAUGUGUCUGCGGCGACGAACGCGACUGGAGGCGCAGAUUCGCACGACCAUGGCUGCCCGUGAACGCAUCGAAGAGCAAAUCCUGGCCAUAGAGACAGCCCGAAAUAACCAGGAAACCUACGAGGCGCUACGAAUGGGCAACGGAGUGCUGCAGCGCAUGAAUCAGGGCUUGACUCUGGAACAAGUCGAUCGCACCAUGUUGGACUUGCAGGAACACACCGGUAGAGUCGACGAGAUAACUAUGGCGCUGCAGCAACCGAUCACCACGGACAUUGUCGAUGAAGGUGAGAUUGAGCGACAAAUGGUGGAACUCCAGUUCGAGGUCGAUGAGGACCGCCUUCUCCACGAAAUACCAAUCCAGGGGGCCCAGUUGGCUGCUGCUCAAGCUCCUGGGCGGUCGCGUGCUGCGGUCGCUCAGAACGGUCGUAUGGAGCGAGCUGCGGUCGAGGUGCGCAGCGAAGCCGGCACCCUCACGAGACGCACGGACCGUAUUGCGGCACGGCUGCCGGAGCCUCCCCAGUCGAUCCAGUCUGCCGAUAGGGGUACACGGGCCACGUCACUGGGUGCUACUGCGGCAUCCUGCAGCCCUGUUGACACGACCGUCGACCGCGAGUUGGAAGAACUGGCAGCUAUCGCGGAGCCACGCAUUUGA